UUUUCAAGAAAGAAAUGUGGGUGCUGUGGGUGCUGUGAGUUGCUACUUCUCCACACCACCAUUAAAAUGGGAAGCAGAGCUUUGCUUCUUCUCAGACCAACAACAUCGACGAAGGACUUGUAUUUCAAAAGCCGCUUUUUAUCAGAAGCCCUUAUUGUGGAGAAGAGGAGGGUCCGAAGCUAUUCGGUUCGGUCUACAAUUCACCCCCCUGAUUUGCCUCGUUUGGCCGAAACUGCUCGCAUCUAUCUCACCCCAGAUGAAGUUGAAGAGUUUGCUCCAAAAAUUCAACAAGUGGUAGAUUGGUUUGGACAACUUCAAGCAGUUGAUCUCCAAAGCAUUCAGCCAGCCAUUAGGGCAGAUACUAAAGGUGAAAAUUUGCGUGAUGAUGUGCCUGAAACAUUUGAGAACAGGGAUGCCAUGAUAGCUGCUGUUCCAAGCUACGAGGAACCAUUUAUCAAAGUUCCCAAAGUCCUGAAUAAGGAGUAAUGCUGUUUAGGUAUUAGUAUCAACUGAAAAAAGGUUAGGAACCUAGGGCAUCGUGGCGUGACUAAGAAAAAGGAAGAAUGUGUAGCGGUGUUUUUGAAAUUUUUAAAGGACUAUUGCAUUUUCAGACUCCCGUGUGAAUUCUACAAGACUGGAUUUGUAUUGGUCGGUCAUAGGAAUUCAUGGUUGACAAUGUACCAAUUUUUUCUUGAGUUGAGUCCAAUUUUAUGAGACUGGUAACGAGGCAACAUCAAGCUAGUGUGUACAUAAUCUCAAGAUUAUAAUAAACAAAAAGCAAAUUAUGCUUAGAUUAGAGUCACUUUGUGCCCAUUGGAUUUAUCGCUCAUUGCAAAAUGACUCCAUUGUGGAGAUUACAUUUAUUGCUAACAUCCCAUGGAGGAUUGCGGUUAUAAUGA